CGCGCGAGAGCAGGAGGGAGAGAGGACGCAGAACAGCAGCGUGUGCAACACAGACGCGCAAGAGAAAAAGAGAGAGAGUAACAGAGAGAGUAACAGAGAGAGUAAUAGAGCAGGAUGGAGACGUGAAAGAAGAGUGAAAGUAGUGAGAGAGUAAACAAAACAGGACGCAGAGUAACAGAGUGAGGGAGAACGAGAGAAAGGAGAGGAAGAGAGAGAAUGAGAGAUAUAAUAUGAAAGAGAGCGAGAGAGGGAGGGAGGGAAAGCGAGGGAGCGUACGUGUCAGAAGCUCACCGAGGAGGACGAGAAGAAGGAGAAGGUGGAGGAGGUGGAGGAGGAGGUGCCCGGCUAUAUGGACGACCACCUGCACCUCCUGAACUCCAACAACACCGUCAACAACAACAUCGCCAACAGCGGCAUCGGCGCCAACGCGCACAACCACCUGCUGAGCCUCGGCCACGCUCCCGGACCCGCGCUCACGCCGGAGGGCACCAUGACCGUGGUGUCGUGCGACGGGGCACCGGAGGAGCCGAACAGCAACGCUGUGGAUCGGUACGAGCCCGAGCACGAGUGCUGCGAGAGGGUGGUCAUCAACAUCUCCGGCCUGCGCUUUGAGACCCAGCUCAAAACCCUGGCGCAGUUCCCCGAGACCCUGCUAGGUGACCCGAGGAAGCGCACCGCUUACUUUGACCCACUUCGGAACGAGUACUUCUUCGACCGGAACCGACCCAGCUUUGACGCCAUCCUGUACUACUACCAGUCCGGCGGGCGAGUGAGGCGACCGGUCAAUGUGCCCAUCGAUGUCUUUACAGAGGAGAUUCGCUUCUACGAACUUGGCGAGGAGGCUAUGGAGAAGUUCCGUGAGGAUGAGGGCUUCAUCAAGGAGGAGGAACGGGCGCUGCCGGCCGGAGAAUUCCAGCGACAAGUCUGGCUCCUUUUUGAGUAUCCGGAGAGCUCUGGUCCGGCCCGUGGCAUCGCCAUCGUCUCAGUGCUGGUCAUCCUGGUGUCCAUUGUGAUAUUUUGCCUUGAGACGCUUCCAGAAUUCCGGGACGAUGACAGCGACGUCACUCGGGAUCGGGUCGGCACAACCCCUCUGCACAUGCUCAACCACUACCCAAACGAGAUGCACGGCCAUGGCAACUUAACUGGCGGACUUCCUCCGAUACUGUCAGGUACUCCUUUCUCAGACCCGUUCUUCGUGGUGGAGACUUUGUGCAUCGUUUGGUUCUCCUUCGAACUUCUCGUGCGGUUCUUUGCUUGCCCCAGCAAAGCCACCUUCUCCAAGAACAUCAUGAACAUCAUUGACAUUGUUGCCAUCAUCCCGUACUUCAUCACGCUCGGCACAGAGCUGGCAGAGAGGCAGCAGGGAAAUGGCGGUGGGCAGCAGGCCAUGUCUCUCGCCAUCCUGCGAGUCAUUAGACUGGUGCGAGUCUUCAGGAUCUUCAAGCUCUCGCGCCACUCCAAAGGCCUGCAGAUUCUGGGCCAGACGCUCAAAGCCAGCAUGAGGGAACUCGGACUGCUGAUCUUCUUCCUCUUCAUCGGAGUCAUCCUCUUCUCCAGCGCUGUGUACUUCGCCGAAGCUGACGACCCUGACUCAGGGUUCAACAGCAUCCCUGAUGCCUUCUGGUGGGCGGUGGUCACCAUGACCACCGUAGGGUACGGAGACAUGCACCCGGUCACCAUCGGAGGCAAGAUUGUAGGGUCGUUGUGUGCCAUCGCUGGGGUGCUGACCAUCGCCCUGCCUGUGCCCGUCAUCGUCUCCAACUUCAACUACUUCUACCACCGGGAGACGGAGGGCGAGGAGCAGGCGCAGUACCUGCAUGUCGCCAGCUGCCAGCCCAUACCGCCCUCGCCCGAGCUCCGGCCGGCGCGGAGCACCUCCUCCAUCAGCCGCUCGGAGUACGUGGCGAUGGAGGAGGCACUGCAGGCCAAACACAAUUGCGUUAACAAGAUCUUUACGGACGUGUAGGACCAGCGCGAAAGUACGCCGUCAUCGUAGCGGGGACAGGACUUGUGCGGAUACUUCACUGUCACUCAGCAAUUAGUGCAGCGCACCAUCGCCGUCGUCAUCACUGAGGAGCUUCAGGAUGAAGAUGCGAAGAUUCUGAUUAGUGAUUAAAAGGAGGCGUGGUUUAUUUUCAGUCUGUUUGUAUUGUGUCCAGUUUCUGUCUGUGUUUACGUACGUCUAAGAGCACCUGCUGUGCUACACCAAUCGGAAUGUGUGUGUGAGUAUGAGUAUGAGUGUGUGUGUGUGUGUGUGAGUGUGUAUAGUCUGUGUGUGUGUGUGUGUGUGUGUGUGUGUGUGUGUGUGUGUAUAGUGUGUGUGUG